CCUCCAGAAUUUUCUGCCUGUCCUCUGAAUACCGAUGAGGAUGUGAAUAACUGGCUCAAAUUCUUUGAAAUGAAGGCUCCACUGAUUUGUCAGCCAGUAAUAGUUUCCAGAGAUCCAGGCUUUGACCUGCGCCUGGAGCACACCCACUGCUUCAGCCACCACGGGGAAGGAGGGCACUACCACCAGGACACCAGCCCCGACAGCGUGCAGUACCUGGGCUACCUCCUGCCCGCCGAGCUGCUCUUCCGCAUCGACAGGCCCCCCGAGACGCACACGGUGGGGCGGGACUGA